AUGCCUCCUACAGUAAUUUUGAUCAGACAUGCUCAAGCACUCCACAGUAAGUUAUCUCCAAAAUACACUUCUCACACAUUGAUCUCACUAACACACAACCUCCAGAUGUUAAUAAUAAGUCCACCUCGCCGCUCACAACCAACACAAAAACUAACAUCUCCUCUCACAAGACUACUCAAUCCCCGAUCCACCCCUCUCGUCCCCCUUGGGCUUCGAGAAGCAAUGCACCGAGCUCCAAGAAGCUCUAAAAACCGACCCCAUAGCUCAAAAAGCCGAACUAAUAGUAAUCUCCCCCAUGCGACGAACCCUCCAAACCGCCCAGCAAGGUCUCGGCUUCCUCAUAGAUCGUGGAGUCCCUGUCAUCCUACGCGCAGAAUGGCAAGAGAACUCAGAUAAACCAUGUGAUAUCGGCUCUCCUAUCCCCAUCAUCUCACGCGAAUUCCCAGACUUCGACUGGUCUGCUGUGGACCCCGUUUGGCCUUCCAAAACGGGUCUUUAUCGCUUCUCGCGAGAGGGACUUAUGGAGAGGGGAACCAUGGCGAAGGAAUGGUUGAGAAGCAUACCGGAGAAGGUUAUUGUUAUUGUUUCUCAUUCGGGCUUCUUGAGGGUAGGAGUUAGUCACAAGGGGUAUUAUAAUGCUGAUUACCGGAUCUUCGAAUUUGGGGAGGGAGAGAAAGAGGGAGAUUUGGUGGAGUUGGAUGUUACAGAGAAGAAUGGUGGAGGAUUGGGCAAGUCCAACUAUGGAACCUAUUACUUGGGGCCUGGUAUGCAGACAUUCAAUUUUUUCCUGGUGGACUCUUGUUAUAAGGUGUUUCAUGGAGUGGAGGCUCUUUGGCAGUCUAG